AUGGUAUCGGUCGUUACCAGAAGGGCGGCUUGGUUUGGCCGUAUUCUGUCGAAAGAUGCAGCCAUCCCGGAACCAUCAACUAGUAGAUGGAUUUCCUUCGGCUCCAAGCGAGCUAUUUCAUUAUCAAACACUUAUCGAUAUGCUGGUUAUUAUGCCAUAUUCCCUAUUGUGCCAAAUGCUACACCCGAGAAUAACAGAUUUGUGGCCAAUGUUUGCAGUGCAGAAGACUGGCCAGCUCUUUGCACCCCUCCGAAAGAAAUGUAUGAAGGAACAGUUCGGAUGCUCUUGGAGUAUGGAGCCACAAUGCAUGAGCAUAUGAAAUUAUUAGAAGGAAUGAAACCGGAAGAUCUGACUUUUGAAAAUGUUAUUGGACCAUUUCUCGCUGAAGAAGAACAAGUCGUGUACGCUUUUCAUACGCUUUGGACUAAAAUGGUUACAGACUGGCCAAUUUCUAGUGAAUUACAUGCUGAUUUCAUGAAAACACUCUGUGAAAGGAAUGAAACCACGGAUAGAUGGAAGCGGAGGCUUGCCGAUUUCUAUUAUCUACAAAUGAAGUCAGCAGCCAUGGGUGAAACUUCGAAAAAACAUGAACAGUUCGCAGGACACGAUAGUUUUGUUGAAAAUUAUAUACUUAGAUAUAGAAUGGUAUUGCGAAAUUCAGAAGAUAUGGAGAAUAUUCAAGUAACAGAUCGAACAGUGUUCAAAGAUGCGCCUCCCGAAGUGUUGAGGAUACUUGCAGUAAACAGAACAAAAUAUGAAGAGGGACCAUGGCUUGUCGCUGCAACAGCAAGGUCUCUAAAGCCAAUACUGACUUACUGUUCUGAUAAGGCUCUUCGUGCAACUGUUUGGGAUAAAUGGAUUUCUCGUGCUGCAAAGCCAAAUAAUUUAGCACGUGUCACAAGUAAUGCAAGGACAAUCGAAACGAUCAGGAGACAUCAAGGAAAGAAAGCUGCAUUGCUUGGAUUUGGCACAUAUGCUGAAUAUCGACUGGCUUACAAAAUGGCAGAGUCCCCAAAAAUUGUACGAAAAUUUACGAAAGCCUUGGCAAGGAGAAUGCGACCAUUAUUCGAUGAUCGGAUGCAAGCUUGGUCCAGUUUCGCUGCAGAGGAGGAAAAACUUUAUACUCUUGCUCCGUCGGAUUUAUAUUAUAUUUGCCGUAAGGAGGCGGAAAGUCUACACGAAAUUGACUCUUUGGAUUUAAUGUAUCAUUUCCCUUUCUGGCCUACAUUUGAGAACAUUUUGGAAGUCCUUUCAUAUAUAUUCGGUCUAUUGUUCGAAGAUGUGACCAGUAGCAACCUUGAUCGAUGUCAUCCAGAUAUUCGGAUCUUCUCCGUAACGGACUCAUCAGGGUUGCAUUUGGGACGCCUCUAUGUUGAUCCUUUUGAACGAACGAAUAAAUGCUGCACAUGGGACGCUUUACUCGGACGAAGUUACUGUGCUGAAAAUAGAUGGGAUAAAAUAGUUUAUCUCUUUGCCAAUCUCAGCAUAUCCGGUUCUCUGGACUCAUCCGCACUUCUACAUUAUGAAGAAUUGCAGAAUCUUCUUUUCCACACGGGCCGUGCAAUGCAACUUCUGCUCUCUCAAUCACCAUACAGAGAUCUGAUAGUACCAUGGAAAAUUUUCCACGCUCAUGAUAUGGAUGCUGUGGAUCUGCUGCCUACUGUUAUGCAGUUUUUCAUUUUUAAACCUGUAUUAUUGGCUGCUUUGUCCUGCAAACAUCUGAAAACUGGUGAAGCAUUAUCGGAAAACAAAGCAAAUAAUAUUGCACUGGGUUUAUCACGCUCCACAUUUUAUGAAACUUACCGUGCACUAUUUUGGACAGACUUUGACCUCACGCUCUUCGACACGAAAGAUACUGAUCAAGUUACAUGGCAAGAAAUAUAUCACCAGAAAUUGACGGAAUAUUUUGCAUUCAAAAAUUCAAAGGGAGAUAUGCAACCAUGUUCUUUUGCUCCAAUUUUUGGUAAAAGUAUGUCGAUGGCUGUGUAUUAUAGUCGACUUUGGGCAGAGAUGCUGGCUUUUGAUAUCCACGACACUUUCGAGAAGGAAGAUGACGUUUGCGCAACUGGCGAUCGCUUGAAAAAGGCAAUUUUGUUCGAGGGGGCAAGUCAACCACAAAGGGAACUUUACCGACGUUUUCAGGGACGUGACCCCAGCCCUGAUGCGAUGUGCGACUUCUACGACCCUCCUCAGUAUCAUAUUAGUAUUGCUGUUUCCAACGAAGAUACCACCCCAUAUUUGGAUUCGGAUAUACAGACUGAUACAGAAAAACUUGGAGCGAAGUAA